AUCUAUUCUAUUCUCUUCUCUUCUUUACUUACAACACGUUAUCAGCACGAAGUUCUAACGAUCUUAAGCUAAUAGGCUUUAUCUUGGGAGUAUCGAUCAAAGGACACAUGGAUUCAACUCAAACAAGUAUCUGAACACACAUGUAGUCUUCUCUGAUCCCUUUCUCCCCUCAUCUCUCUUCUCUGGAUCUCUUAUUAGUUUCGAUUUCAUUGAGAUGGUGGAAUCUCAAAAAGAAGCUUUUCUAGCUUCUCAGCAGCCUCUUUCUGACGACGAUUCUAUGGGUGCUUCGAACAACAUGUCCCGACUGCAAAUCAACGAGCUGGUUGAAAAGGCGGUCCCUAAAAAAAAGGGUCGUUUGGUAGGGUUGGCCCGUCGUGCUUCUUCAUGUCCGACUUCUUCAUCUCAAGUCCCGUACGCCGAUCCAUUGAUUCUAGAGCAGCUACAGAACAAGGAUCAACGGAUUGGAGCAUUGGAGGAGCAGAAUGCUACAAUCCUUGCUGAGUUGGCAGAUCAGAAGAAGACCAACCUCGAGAUAAUGCAGAAGUUGGAUCGUUUGUUCCCGGAUCAGUAGUUUUUUUUUUUGUUUUUUAAUUUAAAACUUUCUAAAUGUUUUUUUUUCAGUUUGUUUUAAAACUUAUUUUCUAUAAUAUUAUUAUUAGUUUCUUAA